AUGUCCGUUCGCCAAAAGCGCAACUUCCGCAAUCUGCAGCUCCCCGUGGCGAAUCGUCCCCUCGCUAGCAACCUAGAAGAGCCCCACCCGACCCGCCUUGCGCCCCUAGGUCCAAGAGCACCGACCCCUCACGGUCACCGGCCUCUACACGACGGCACAAACGCAACGGCUAUCGACCUGACCUCCCCGCAAGCUGAUGCCGCGUCGCUGUCCAGCAGACUCGCGGCGCUCGACGCGAAAAACACGAAGAAACGGGAGUUCGAUCUCAAGAACGACGAUUUCACCAGUCUGCAGGAGCUGGGGAGCGGGAACGGCGGAAGCGUGAUGAAGGUGCAGCAUGUGAAGUCAGGGACCAUCAUGGCAAAAAAGGUCGUUCUGAUUGACGCGAAACCGGCGGAGCGGAAAAAGAUCUUGCUCGAGCUCCAGAUCAUGCAUGACUGCGACUCGCGGUUCAUCGUGUCUUCCUACGGCGCAUACCUCGCAGAGCCAAACAUCUGUCUAUGUAUGGAGUUCAUGGACAAGGGCUCGUUCGACGCCAUUUACAAGCGCAUUGGGCCCAUCGACGUCAAGGUGGUCGGCAAAGUAGCUGUUGCGGUGUUGGAAGGGCAGCGGUACUUGUAUGAUGAACAUAGGAUCAUCCACCGAGACAUCAAGCCCUCGAAUAUAUUGUGCAAUUCACAAGGCGAAAUCAAGCUAUGCGACUUCGGUGUUUCUGGGGAGCUUAUCAACUCCAUUGCCAACACCUUCGUUGGCACGUCCAUUUACAUGAGUCCGGAGCGCAUUCAAGGCGCGACCUACUCCGUCAAAUCAGACAUCUGGUCGCUGGGCAUAACCCUCAUUGAGCUCAUCGUUGGUCAAUUCCCGUUCUCGGGCUCCUUCGAUUCGGACAACGACUCGGAUUUGGAGGGUGAAGGACACAGGACACCGCCGGCAACUCAUCGGGUUUCGCUCACAAUUCCCAGCUCGCCAACAUCCAAACGCCGUUCGAAACGACGAAGCAAAGGUGUCUCGCUCCAUGGAGGCGGCAUGACACUAAGUAUCAUCGAGCUAAUGCACCAAAUUGUCCACGAGCCCGCCCCCCGGUUGCCCUCGGGUAAAUUCGGGCAUGACGCAGAGAAGUUCGUGGAUGCAUGUCUGGAGAAGGAUGGCGAGAAGAGGACGGGGCUGACGGGGGCUAUUCGAAAUGCCUUGGAUAAGGGAGUCACGACAGAACGGAGUGGACAUGACCGAAUGGACGAAAACCUUUUAAGGCGAUGA